AUGGGUAAAUCUCGUGGUUACAGAUCAGGUACUCGUUACGCUUUCCAACGUGACUUCAAGAAGCAUGGUGCUAUUCCAUUGUCCACAUACUUGAAGGUCUACAAAGUCGGUGACAUUGUUGAUAUCAAGGCUAACGGUUCUAUCCAAAAGGGUAUGCCACACAAGUACUACCACGGUAAGACCGGUAUUAUUUUCAACGUUACCAAGUCAUCCGUCGGUGUUAUCAUCAACAAGGUUGUUGGAAACAGAUACAUUGAAAAGAGAGUCAACUUGAGAGUUGAGCACGUUAAGCACUCUGCUUGUCGUCAAGAAUUCUUGAACAGAGUCAAGACCAACGCUGCCAAGAAGAGAGAAGCUAAGGCUAACGGUGAAUACGUUAACUUGAAGAGAGCUGCUGCUAAGCCAAGAGAUGCUAGAGUUGUUGCUGCUUCAGAAAACGUUCCACAAACUUUGGCUCCUGUUGCUUACGAAACUUUCAUUUAA